AUGUCCAUCUCCACCUCAACACCAUCGACUACAAGCAAACACGCCAAGCUCGAAACCCACUUACGCAACACUCGAUGGGCUGGUCAUACGUUCGAGGAUCCAACGGGGUGGCCCAUGCAGCCCUUGCCUCGGCCAAGCUUCCAGGAUAAACCGAAUUGCUCAAAAUCUGGUCAAGAGUCGGGCGCAUUACUCGACUCCGUACAGCCGUCCUCAUCAUACGCGGACACAUCUCGAAAUGGCGCGCUGCAGCUUAUAGCUGGUCAAGGAGCGCUGAUAACUGCUCCCGUCGGUAGAAUGACCUCCCCCACUUUGCAGCAAUGGUAUCUGCGCUUGGACCUCCUCUGCGCUCGGACCCUCUUUGAGAUCGACAGAUCUGGGUGCCCACUCCCAUUCCAUUGUGACCUUACAGCUCCUUUAGGGAUGAGCGUCAGCGGAAGUCGAAGCGGGGGACAUGCCGAGGGGAGCAGCGGACCACGCAGUUCCUUGCCACAGACUCGCAUCAAGCUGACCUACGCAGACUUCCCUUCCAGUAGCUCGCGUAGUCAUCAGCAGAGUUCGGGGCCUAGCGAAAUCAGGUCGAUUAUCCCCACAGUCGACUUGUCUGUCGAUUCCGAUGAGGAGGAGGAAGUGCCUGGAGCUCUACCGGGUAGCAGGAGGGUCCCGGCUAAACGAGUGCUCGAGCACGUCGUACUCGCCAGUUCUGACACGCCAUCCUAUACGGAGCAUACCGACAAGGAAGGAAGUGCAGCAGCCGUACAUCAGAAUGCAGGAGCUGGACGCCAGAUUGAACUCAUAGAUCUCAGCGGGGACGUGAGCUCGCAGGAGGAUUCAAGGAGAGACACCAAGCGCAGGAGGAUCGAGUAUAGCAGUCCUGAGAGCGACUCUGAGCACGAGAUCGUCUAUGAAGGUUUCAAGCGUGGACUGGCUGGACGUACUGUGCAGGCAGGAGAUCUCCCCCACUCCCGAGCAGGCGGCGCGUCAAGUUCGCGGAACGCCAAGGUCCCCCGGAGUAGGAGUAGCAGCACAUCCACUGUAGACUCCCUGGUCAUCACAAAUAACGCCCCGAAGCGACCCCUCUCCACCUCACCCAAACGCUCCCCAUCCUUCACACCCAAGCGCUCCCCCUCGUUCUCGCCUAAGCGCUCCUCUUCUCGGUCUCGUGAGUUAGCCUCUCACGAUGGCUUCGACGGUCAUCGACCUCGACCCAACGGAGACGACGGCGGCCCUGCACGUCGCCCAGGUCGCGGUACCACCCUCCACAGCGCAGGCUCCACAUGGUCUCGCAGUGUGGCUGUCGAUAAAUGGAAGGCGUGGGUCCACCUGCACGUCCAGAAGGAUUAUAUCAAUCAGACCGCUACGAUCAGGCCAGCGGCGGUCAACUUCGCCUUGGCUGUCAUCAACGAUAUCACCAAUCUCGACGCCAUGAAGUAUCGGUCGCUUCUCCACUCCGUUAACGGCCAUCUGCACAGAAACAACUUGCGCUUCGUGUGGCCAGUAUCUGCUCGUCGAGCACGGUACCCGCAACAACCCAGCUCCGUGCGAUUGCUGCCAGCCACUUCUUCGGCGCCACUAUACGGAUACCCAGCUACAGGUCAAAUGCCUGUCGGACCCGGUCGAGCGGGAUGGCUGUUUGCACUGCUGUCACGGGUCAAGACGGAGCGCCAAGCAGCCGGUACCAUGCUCGAGCUGGUCCGUCGUCUGGUGGGGCAGGCGGGUUAUUUGAGCAGAGAUGGCUGCCCGGAACAACUGCGCGGUGUGAUGGGGACGGUCAAGCAGCUCCUUGUCGGGCCGGGGGGUAUGCGAGCAGCGGAGGAGAGGUGGAAGGGGAAGAGGGCGAAGAUUGGGAGUGAGAAUAAGACGAGGAUGGAGGAUGGAGAGGCAGCGAGCUAUAGGCCGAUCCGAAGGUUGGACAGGGGAGAGAGACUCGUCUGGUCGUCCGCUUCCGACGUCCGCGCAGAGAUCUCCGCCUUCGACGACCUGCUCAACAUUCUCCGACGAACCAAGAACGCCUUGGCGGGUGAGGCGGCAUACCUCGCUCGGUACGCAAACCGACCGGAUGGCGUGCAGCGGACUCUCCACAACAUCGUCACCGCCCUCGCCGUCGGAUCCCCGCUUUUGCUGGCACAAUCCAGGACGAUCGAUGCUCGGAGGGACCUGGGGCAGCCGGUGGAUGAGGAUGAGAAGGGGAACAGUCCUGUGCAGGAUCGGAUCAAGGUGUAG